CCCUGGGCAGGACGUCAGGGCCAGAACCCAGAGCACUGAGGUUCGGGCCGGGCUCCAGUCCCGUCCCUCGAACCAGAGCGGGACAGGGAAGCGAGCAAGCAGCAGCCUGGGUGCCUCGGGCACCUGUGGGCUCGCCACCCCCCACGCCCCUGCUGCAGCGUCGAGAGGGCAGCCCGUGGCUCAUGGGCCCCGAGGGGUGGCUGGAGAGGCCACGGCUCCCAGGAGCGCCUCGUCUAGCUCGGACUGGCUCUGCACAGGUUGGUGGCCGGGGGCCGACCCACACAGGUGUCCGGGGGCUCACGACUCAGCGGAGCGCCGAAGAUGAGGAGGAGGCCGCCCGCGAGCGUCGCCGCCGGGCGAGGGACAGGGAGCUUCGGGCCCAGGACGAGGACGGCGGCCAGUCCCCCGAGCCGCCGGAGCAGGAGAGCCUCCUCAGCCUGAAGCCCUCGGAGGCCCCCGAACUGGAUGAGGACGAGGGUUUCAGCGACUGGUCCCAGAAGCCAGAGCCACAGCGGCAGCCCUGGGAGGCCGGGGGGGCCUCCAACAGCGGGGAGCCCCCUCGGAGCGAGAGUCCGGAGGGGCAGCAGGAGGAGAACAGGCCCCAUCAGCAUGCCUGCGGGAGCCAGGGUGGUGAUGAGCAGAGUCCAGCCAGAGUCAGCCUGGAGGAGUUGCAUCUGAGCCCCAGCUCAGAGCUCCAGGACGGGCCGGGAACAGAGGAGACAGAGCCCAAGAGCCCAGAGGGGACCGUCCAGGGCAGCCUGGGGCCGGCAGAAGCCGAAGAGGCAGACGAGCAGCACCAGAAACGCCAGCAGCCCAGGACACCCAGCCCCCUGGUCUUGGAGGCUGCUACCGAACAGGGCUCACCUCCCCUGAGCCCCAGCACCAAACUCAUCGACAGAACCGAGUCCCUGAACCGCUCCAUCAGGAAGAGUGUGAAGAAGUCCCAACCAGCCUUGCCCAUCUCCAAGAUUGAUGAGCGACUGGAGCAGUACACACAGGCCAUUGAGACUGCUGGCCGGACCCCCAAGCUAACCCGCCAGCCCUCCAUCGAGCUGCCCAGCAUGGCUGUGGCGAGCACCAAGAGCCGGUGGGAGACAGGAGAAGUGCAGGCUCAGUCCACUGCCAAGACCCCCUCUUGCAAGGAUAUCGUAGCUGGAGACAUGAGCAAGAGAAGCCUCUGGGAGCAAAAAGGAGGCUCCAAGACGUCAUCGACAAUUAAGCAGAGCACUCCGUCUGGAAAGAGGUACAAAUUUGUGGCCACCGGACACGGGAAGUAUGAGAAGGUGCUUGUGGACGAGGGCUCGGCGCCCUAAGCUGCCCUUCUUGCUUUCCUGAGACUGCAGACAGCUCGGGCAGCACCCUCCGCCCUCGCAGGGGCGAGUCCAGCCAGACGCCCACCCCGGCCCUGCCACGGGAGCCGCUGCCGUUGCCUGCCUGGCCUGCCCGCGCCCGGCCAACACCCACCACCAUCGCCGUCUCUCUACUCCUCGACCCCCCGACCGCUCUCCCCUCCCGCUCUCUGACCCCCACUCUACCUCGCACAGCAGGGGCAGGAAAGGGACUCUCACUGGUGAUUGACCAAAGGGACCGCCCCCCCAGAGACCAAAAGUCCCCGAGGAAGGCCCAGCCUGGGCAGAGAGAGGACACGUGCUGGGGGACCUCCAGGUCGAGAGACACCAGCGCCUGCACCGCAUUCUCAGGCCCUGCCCCCUCCCUGCUCCCGGCUUGCAGCCUUGUCCUCCGUGUGCAAUAAAGCUCCUUGUGUGUUCCAA